UUUAACCUUGACCUCGGCAGGUGCCCUUUGACUCUGCACAAGUUGUUUAUUUUUCUCCCUGCAAACCAAAUAGUUUACAACUUCUGCAUAUUUUUUAGAAAAGAUCAGAGCAUUGAUAGUUGAUUUUGUUGAGAAAAAAGAGAAAUAUACGAGACAGUAACUAAUUUACCCACAGUUCCGUAUACCAGAAGGCGUGACAAAAGGCAAGAUGGCUGAUUACGGUGAACCCAUCUCCGACCAGGAUAAGGUCAAUAUAGCCUCUGAUUUCAUCUUGCAUGCACCUCCUGGUGAAUUUAAUGAAGUUUUUAAUGAUGUUAGGAUUUUACUAAAUGAUGACAACUUGCUGAAAGAGGGAGCUUCAGGAGCUUUUGCACAGUAUAACAAAGAUCAAUUUACACCAUGCAAAGUUGAAAGCACUCCAGAGAAUGUACUUAUAACAGAACAUGGAGAUUUAGGAGGAAGUAGAUUUUUGGACCCAAGAACUAAAAAGUCUUUCAGAUAUGACCAUCUAAGAAAAGAAGCCAGUGAUUAUCAGCCAGGAGAUGUUGAUAAAAGUGCAGAGAAAUGGAGGGCAGCAAUAGAAACCGCAUUUACUGAAUAUCGUUCUAAACAUUAUAAAAAUGGUGUAGUGACAAUUUAUGGUAGUAGUUCUGGAGGAAAUAUAACAAUCAUAGCUUGCCUAGAAAGUCAUCAGUUCCAACCUAGAAAUUUCUGGAAUGGUCGAUGGCGAUCACAGUGGUCAGCUACAUUUCCUGAAUCAGGUGGUAAAUGUGAACUGACCGGUGUCCUUAAAGUUCAGGUUCAUUAUUAUGAAGAUGGUAAUGUACAGUUAGUUAGUUCAAAAGAAGUUAAACAGUCUCUAAAUGUUACGUCAGAGCAACAAACAGCAAAAGAAUUUGUAAAUGUUAUAUCAGAAGCUGAAAAAGAAUAUCUGAUGGCAAUAAAUGAAAAUUACCAGACUAUGUCAGACACAACAUUCAAAGCUCUUAGACGUCAACUGCCUGUGACAAGAACAAAAGUAGACUGGAACAAAAUUAUGAGUUAUUCUGUAGGACAACAGCUAAGCCAAGGGAAAAAAUAGUGAACAAUUUUAUAUUUAUUUGUAUAUGGCUUUAGAAUGGACAAGAAUGAUAAACUUUUGUAUUGCAAGUACAAGUUCUUGAAAGUUAUUGGUGCGGUGUUCAUGACUAACAAGUCGUGUUACAUAAUAAUAGCAAAAACAUUGAUUCACGAAUAAUAAUAAUACAUUAAAUCAGCAAAAUGUCCUUAUUAAUAAAACUAAGCGUUUCUUGUGAGAUAUAAGUAUAAUUUAUGUUUCAUAUUGGGUACCAGUUAACUGAGCUGUGUUAGUUAUACAUGUAUAAUCCCACUAAAUAUCUAUAUUCAACACAAGGAUACCCUUAAGUUUAUAUAGAGACCAGUGAUUAAUAAGUGAUAUCUUAAAUUUGUAUCAGAGGGGUUACAACAUUAUUUAAAUAUCUUUAGCAGCAUAUUAUCUAAGUCAUAUGGCUGAUAGUUAAAUCAAUUUAGAUGACAUGGUAAACUGUUGGGAGGAUGGUAUGAUAUAAUGUUGCUAGUCUUCUACAUUAAUGUCUCAUCUUUGGCAUUAUCCAGUAUUGUCUACAAAUUGUGAGUUAUCUCCCUUUUUUUUAAAACAUUUUUCUUAAAACAUUGAUUGAAAAAAACAGGGGCAGAUCCAGCCAUUGUUUUAAAGGGGUGGUUCCUUACCCAGGUUAAAGAGGGAUUCCAACACCCUGGAUUUGCAACUGAAAAAAAAAUAAAUUGGUGCAAUAUGAUAUAUCUGAGAAAGGUGAGGUAACUCUCUGAACAGCACAUGAAACUCCUGAUUGAGUAGAAUAUGCUUCCAUUAUAAUGACUUAAAGAAUUUUCCUGUCUCAAAUAGUAUUUAAAAUCCAAUAAAGAAUACAAAUAUUUUUAUAUGAAGAAAAACAUGUGACACAGUCAGAGAUUAUAUGAUACUGAAAAGCUGUGAUGUUUUGCAAAUUUUGUAUUGCUACCUUCCUUUCUAAAAUAAAAAUAAAUAAUUUAAUUUGAUUUAUGAUUUCAUAAAUUUCUACACUUUUCAAUAGGUGCUAUCUUGAUUGGGAUGACUAUAUAUACUUACAAAACCUAUAACUUUUCACAUUCCUCAGAGAAAAAACAUGUUACUGAUGAAUGCUUAUUCAAUGUACAAAUAAAAUUAUUUAUUUUCUUUGUACUUCUUAUUAUCGAUUGAUUUAUAUACUGCACAAUAUAAAACAGUAUUUAUUAUUUGUUUGUGCAUGACAUAAUGUAACUGAUAUGAUGUGGAGACGUUUUGAUUAUUUCAUUGUAUUAUUGUCUGAGAGACCAGCAAUUGAUUUUAUAUAAAUAUCUACUCAUA